UGCGCUCGGGCCGCGGAGGGAUCUGGGCCGUGUAGUGCUGCGACCCUGUGGGCGGGCAACGAGGUCUCAGAAGAGGCUGCUGUAGCUACAAGGGUUUAUCCCUCAGGGAAAGCCGCACUGCAUUAGUUUUUCACCGCUUCUUCAGCGUCUUCCGGGAAAUUCUGUGUGAGUUUUCACGAGAACUUGCGGAUUUCGCGGCUCCUGGCGUGCCCCGGUCUCCCUUUUCCCCGUUACUGCCUGGAGCUGAGUUCCCAAAAUGGUAUGUUACUCCCUGGAUCCGGAGAACCCCACAAAAUCGUGCAAGUCACAAGGCUCCAACCUGCGAGUGCAUUUCAAGAACACCCGCGAGACAGCACAGGCCAUGAAGGGCAUGCACUUCCGCAAGGCCACCAAGUACCUGAAGGAUGUCUCCUUGAAAAAACAGUGCGUCCCCUUCUGCCGCUACAACGGGGGAGUCGGGAGAUGCGCCCAGGCCAAGCAGUGGGGCUGGACGCAGGGCCGGUGGCCCAAAAAAAGCACCGAGUUUUUGCUGCACAUGCUGAAAAAUGCCGAGAGCAACGCGGAGCUCAAGGGUCUUGAUGUGGAUUCUCUGGUGAUCGAGCACAUCCAGGUGAACAAGGCUCCCAAAAUGCGCCGCUGCACCUACCGAGCACAUGGGAGGAUCAACCCCUACAUGAGCUCCCCCUGCCACAUCGAGAUGAUCCUCACCAAGAAGGAGCAGAUCGUGCCCAAGCCGGAGGAAGAAAUUGCUCAAAAGAAAAAGAUCUCUCAAAAGAAGCUCAAGAAGCAAAAGCUGAUGGCACGGGAGUAAAAUCUGCCACCACCGAUGUACAUAAAUGAAUUUUAAAAGUUUACGUGUCUUGUGUGCACUUCUUGGGUGUUUC